AUCUUUUGUUGUCGUGGAUUUUUGAAUUUUCUUCUUCUUUUAGUUUGUUGGUUUAGUGUUCUUGCCUGUUGGUUUACGACUUGUUUCUGCUUUCCCCGCAUUCUCGUUUUUUACUUUCUACGCCAGACAACCAAUUAGAAAAGAAACCAAAGACAAAAAAAGCAAGAGACCAACAAAAAAAUAAACAGCUAACACAAAAAUAACAAUCAUGGAUCUCCCAGUCAUCGACCUCGACGUCUUCCUCCGCGAACCACGUGACUCGCAAGCGGUUCGCGACGAGUGUGACAAGGCGGCGGCGGCGCUCGUGACUUACGGAGCGUUGGUUCUCCACGACUCGCGGGUGUCGGAGCAGGCCAACGACACUUUCCUGGACCUGCUGGAGGACUACUUUGCGCAGCCCGAGGAGGCGCUCCGUAGCGACGAGCGGCCCGAGCUGGGCUACCAGGUCGGCGUGACGCUCGAGAACACCGAGAAGCCAAAGUGCGCCGUCGACGAGCCCUGCCUCAAGGUCAUUGAGCGCCUGCAGCCCGAGGAGCGGCCGCUCGACAUAUCGGCGCACGACCCGGAUCCAAAGUGUCGCUUCUUCUGGCGCAUGGUCGAGCUGCCGCCGUACGAGACCGAAUUCCCCGCCCUCAACGCUGCCAACGUCACGCCCGAGGCCCCGCACAUCCGCGAGAGAUGGGCCCCGACUAUGGAUCAGUGGGGUGGUCUGAUGAAGAAUGCUGUAUCUGAGCUUGCCGAGAUGGCCGCGAUCGGUCUUGGACUGCCGAGUGGAACUUUCAAGGACGCGGGGCGUUACGGCCCACAUCUCUUGGCGCCUACAGCUUCUGAUUUGAUGAAGUAUGCCAAGGAGGAUACGAUCCUGGCUGGGUUUCACACCGAUCUGAAUUUUCUUACGAUACACGGUCGCUCUCGCUAUCCGGGUCUACACAUCUGGGCCCGCAACACUGGAAAGAAGAUUGCCGUGAAGAUCCCUCCCGGGAACCAUCUUCUCGUACAGGCUGGCAAGCAGUUUGAGCACCUCACCGGCGGUCUAAUCAAGGCUGGAUUCCACGAGGUUGUUGUCAACAAGGCGACGAUGGACGUGGUCGAGAGGAGGAAGCGGGAGAACCCCGACAGGCCGCUGAUCCGAAUCUCAUCCACGCUGUUCUGGCAUCUGUCGUCGGACUUUGACCUUGUGCCAAUCCCGCAGCUGGCCGAAAAGGCAAAGGCAGUUCGUGCCGAGCAGUUCAACCUAGGGAGAGAUGAGGGCGAGGAAGUCGAGUACCCGCCCAUGAAGGUUGGCAAGCAGGUCGAGAACGAGCUGAAGCACAUUGCUUUGAUGGCAUAGCGAGUCGAGAUGACUGCGGAUGGCAUCGAGUCAUUUGCAAAGAGGCUAAGACACAAAAAGGUGAAGAAAUUGAGGCCAGCCGAUAAUAGUGGAUAUAUGAUCUCCUAGGCGAACACGCUUCUCUCGACUGUUUCUCUUUCUUACCUAAUCGGGGUGUAAUACAACUGCCCCUGUUGGACACCCUGUUGGACACCCUGAUGCACACCCUUAUGGACUCGAAAUCUCUAGAUCAUGCAUCUAGACGAUUUCAAGCGGACUUUGGCGUUGGACAAGUUAGUAGGUGGGCUCAUAGUUAAUAGGUGGGUUUUUCAUAGCAUUGUCAACAUGUAUCUUUUUUUAGGCGUGAAUCUAGACCUAGAACCAGAUAUAUGAGCUGGUCUGUUCGUUCGCUUGUUGGGAGGGACGUCUUGUCUUUUUUCUUUACUUGCUGGGUCCGGGGGCGGAGUAGCGGGAAAUUACCAAAAAAGUUAAUGGGUUCCGGGAAUCUAGACCGCCGGCAAGUACGAGAUGAUUUUUUUUUUUUCUUUCGUCUCUGAGGAGCCGCCUACCUCUUUUCAUCUAUGGUCAGGCUUAGCGAUAGGGGUGCCAAGAUGUUGAACUUCAUUUGAAACAUUGAGGCUCCGCCCGGCCUGCAGCCCUACGUAGCAUUUACGCAGUGUCCCCGUGGCAGGCACAGCCAUGUUAACCAGCAAGCUGAC